AUGGAGGAUCCUAAGAGGGUGGAAGAAGGGUUCGGUCAUGGUCAGAUCUCUGCAGAAGAAAAAGUUGAAAGAGAAGACGUGAAAGAGAGGAGUGAAAUGGCAGCAGAACAACAUGAUGAAACCAAAGGUGUUGAAAAGCCGAUAUUGGUCAAGGAAAAGAGCAAGAGGAUCGCGACUUUGGAUGCAUUCCGAGGACUUACGAUUGUACUUAUGAUAUUAGUAGAUGAUGCUGGAGGUGUAUAUGAACGAAUAGAUCAUUCUCCAUGGAACGGAUGCACGUUGGCUGAUUUCGUGAUGCCAUUUUUUCUCUUCAUUGUCGGGGUCGCAAUUGCCCUUGCACUCAAGAGGGUUCCAAGUAGGAGGUACGCAGUGAGAAAGAUAAUCAUAAGAACAUUGAAGAUGUUGUUUUGGGGAAUUCUCUUGCAAGGCGGGUACUCACAUGCACCAGAUGAAUUGGUCUAUGGAGUUGACAUGAAGCAAAUUAGAUGGUGUGGCAUACUUCAGAGAAUAGCACUGGUGUACCUAGUCGUAGCUUUAAUAGAAGCUUUAACCAUAAAGCUCAGACCAACGACUAUAGAUCCUGGCCAUUUCUCCAUUUUCUCGGCCUAUAGAUGGCAAUGGCUUGGAGGGUUCAUUGCGUUUCUUAUAUAUGUGAUCACGACAUAUGCUCUAUAUGUUCCAGAUUGGAGUUUCACUGUUCAUGAUGACCAUAAAUCACAGACUUUUACUGUUAAAUGUGGUAUGAGAGGACAUCUUGGGCCUGCUUGUAAUGCGGUUGGUUAUGUCGAUAGAGAAGUAUGGGGUAUUAAUCAUAUUUACACGCAACCCGUAUGGAUUCGAUUGAAGGCUUGCACUCUUAGCUCUCCAGAAGCAGGCGACCUUCGUCCAGAUGCCCCAAAUUGGUGUCGUGCUCCCUUUGAACCAGAAGGCCUAUUAAGUUCAAUCUCAUCAAUUUUAUCUGGUGUUAUUGGCAUUCACUAUGGACAUGUCUUGAUUCACUUCAAGGGACAUGCGGAGAGGCUCAAGCAAUGGGUUUCAAUGGGGUUUGGAUUGAUCAUCAUAGCCCUUCUUCUUCAUUUCACUGAUGCCAUUCCUAUAAACAAGCAACUCUAUAGUAUCAGCUACGUUUGUUUCACUGCUGGGGCUGCUGGAAUAGUAUUUUCAGCCUUCUACAUCCUGAUCGAUGUGUGGGGAAAACGGACUCCAUUUUUGCUGUUUGAAUGGAUUGGUAUGAACGCUAUGUUAGUUUUUGUGCUUGGAGCACAAGGAAUUUUAGCAGGAUUUGUAAACGGAUGGUGGUAUAAGAACCCUGAUAACAAUCUUGUAAACUGGAUACAAAGUCAUGUUUUCAUUGACGUGUGGAACUCGGAGAAAUUUGGGAUGCUUUUAUAUGUCAUAUUUGCUGAGAUUGUGUUUUGGGGAGUGCUUUCGGGGAUCCUACACAAAUUUCGGAUAUAUUGGAAGCUUUGA